AUGCUUCUGAUUCAACCAUGGAGGAAGACGGAUGCACACAACGUGAAUCACAUUGUGCUAGUGAAGCCGUCGUCAACGCUGGAGGACAGUCUGAAGACAGCAAAAGUCAUCUUGGGCCUCACAAAAGAGGAAGAUAUACCACAACUCCAAAUGUCAUCCAUGGAUAUUCUGCUUUGGAAUUGUAGGGGUGCGGGAAACAAUCGAUUCAAGAGGAAUCUGAGGGAAAUUGUGAGGUUUCACAGGCCAAAUAUGAUCAUCCUCCUAGAAACUAAGGUGGAACUUAGUACUAUGGGUAUGUAUUUCAAUCAGCUGGGGUUCAUGGUUUCAACUCAUGUAGACCCAGUUGGCCGCAGUGGGGGAAUAUGGAUGCUUUGGGAUCCCAGUCAAGCUAAUGUUCGUGUUACUGAGGCAAACUCCCAAAUGAUUACUGCAACCAUCUCUAGACAAGAUUAUCCAACAUGGGUGCUCUCAGCAGUAUAUGCCAGCCUAAAUAGCCGGAUGAGAGACGAGUUAUGGGAAGGGCUUGAAUUUGUAGCCCAAAACACCCAAGAACCAUGGCUGGUUGCCGGUGAUUUUAAUGACUAUUCUUGCUCUGAGAAAAAACGUAGCUUUUCAGUUACUCAAAAUCGAAGCCAGAAUAUUAGCCAAACUCGUCGGAGAAGCAAAAAAUUUGCUGAACGUAUUAAUGAUUGUAAGCUUAUGGAUAUGGGGUGUGUGGGGCCAAGGCUUACUUGGACUAAUAAUCGUAAAGGGUGGGCUAGCACCAUGGUCAAGCUUGACCGAGCCCUUUGUAACACGGAAUGGCGAACUCUCUUCCCUGAGGGCUAUGUUCGCAAUCUUCCACGCACCUAUUCGGAUCAUUCACCACUUAUGGUCUUCACUCAAGUCCUUUACCAAGAGGAGUUGUUGUGGUUUCACAUGUCCCGUUCUAACUGGAUCACACAGGGAGAGAGGAAUACGAAAUUUUUUCAUCUCUCCACCAUUAUCAGAAGAAGAAAAUCUAAGAUUGAGGUGCUCAAAAAUAAUGAUGGGGUUUGGGUAGAUAAUGCUACUGAGUUGAAAGCCUUGGUGAAUGAGUACUUUAAGAACCUUUUCUCUUAUACACCUACUACUGCUUUUUCUCAUUGGAACAAUCUGUUUAGGCAUCUCACUACUGAGGAUAACCUUGACCUUGUUAGAAACAUCACUCCUGAGGAAGUUUGGAAAGCUGUCAAGAACAUUCAAGCUUUCAAAGCUCCUGGAAGAGAUGGUUUCCAAGCUUUUUUCUAUCACACAUAUUGGGAUAUUGUUGGGGGAUCUGUUUUUGAACUUGUGCGUAAUUGCUUCUCUACCAGAAUUAUCCCUCUUGACAUUAACAUUGUUAGAAACAUCACUCCUGAGGAAGUUUGGAAAGCUGUCAAGAACAUUCAAGCUUUCAAAGCUCCUGGGAGAGAUGGUUUCCAAGCUUUUUUCUAUCACACAUAUUGGGAUAUUGUUGGGGGAUCUAUUUUUGAACUUGUGCGUAAUUGCUUCUCUACCAGAAUUAUCCCUCUUGACAUUAACAGAACUCUUAUAGCUCUCAUACCUAAAGUGGAUAACCCCGAAUCCAUUAAACAGUUCCGCCCUAUAAGUGUCUGUAAUGUCACAUAUAAAAUCAUUACUAAAAUUCUGGUUAGUAGAUUGAGACCUUUGCUUGAUGGUAUUAUCAGCCCAAACCAAAGCAGUUUCAUUCCGGGGAGAUCUACCAGUGACAACAUUAUCAUAACCCAAGAAGGUAUCCAUACCGUAAGGAAACUGAAAGGCAAAGCAGGCUACAUGAUAUUUAAGAUUGAUUUGGAAAAAGCCUAUGACAACAUUUCCUGGGAAUUUCUUGAACAAACUCUUUUCGAAUUCAAUUUUGAUUGUAAGUUUAUUGAAAUGGUAAUGGACUGUGUUACCAACUUAAGUACCACAAUUCUUUGGAAUGGAGAACCGCUGGAAGAAUUUAAACCUAGUAAAGGACUUAGGCAAGGAGACCCUCUCUCUCUUUACCUCUUUGUUUUAUGUAUGGAGAGGCUCUCAAAUAUGAUCAAUCAUAGAGUGGAGGCUAAGGACUGGAGGGGAUUACCUUUAUCUAAGAAAGGUCCUAAUAUCUCUCACAUUUUUUUUGCUGAUGAUUUGAUGUUCUUUGCUAAAGCUGAUGUUGUGAACUGUCAAACCAUUCUUGAAGUGUUAAAUGAAUUUAGUAUGCUCUCUAGGCUGAGAGUUAAUCUCACCAAAUCUAAGCUCUUUGUUUCUCCAAAUGUGGAUAGGAGAAAGGCUAAAGACUUGAGUCAUAUUUGUGGUAUUGGUCUAACUCAGAAUCUAGGUAAGUAUCUUGGAGUUCCCCUUUUGCACUCCAGAGUUAACAAACACCAUUUUAUACCUAUUCUUGAAAGAAUGCAACAAAAGUUUGCUGGGUGGAAAACUGGGGUGUUAUCUCUAGCUGGGAGGGCAACACUGAUUCAAUCAGUGACCAAUGCCAUCCCAGCUUAUACCAUGCAGAUAUUGGAGCUUCCUCGUAAGGGUGAUUCCUUGGAGAAGAAAAAAGUGCACUUAGUCAACUGGCAACAUGUGUGUCAUAAGAAAAAGAAUGGUGGCCUUGGGAUUAGAAGGGCUAUGGAUCAAAACCUAGCCUUACUAUCCAAGCUUGGCUGGAAACUGUUGAAUGAGAAAGAGGGUCUCUGGUUGGAGGUCCUGAGAAAUAAAUACCUGGGAAAUCAACACUUUCUCAGUAAGAGGAAGAGUAAAGUUUCCUCUCAUAUCUGGAAAGCGAUCCUGAAUACCAGAAAUCUCCUUGUCAAAGGGGUUCAUUGGACCAUAGGUUGGGGCUCUAAGGUGAGAGUUUGGAAAGACUGGUGGUGUGGUGAAAGGGCCUUGGUUGAGGCUUCUACUACUAACACAAGGCAAGCCAUUGAGAUGGAGGAUACCACUGUGGACUCCCUUGGACAAACCGAGAUGGAGAAAAUCCCUGAUGGGGAUUUUUCUACAUCUAGUGCAUAUGACCUUAUUAUGCAGCCUCAAUCCUUGGAGAAUAAUUGGGUUUGGCUUUGGAAACUCAAGAUUCCUCCAAAGGUUAAGAGCUUCUUGUGGCUUAUUUUGAUUGGGAAACUAAUGACAAAUAGAAUCAGACACAUGAGGGGUUACAGUGACAAUCCCAAUUGCCCCAGCUGUGAAACUGUGGAGGAUCUAGACCACUUACUGCGGCUCUGUCCUAAUGCCAUGAAUAUUUGGAAACAGGGAGAAUCAAACUCAAUACAGACGGAAGUCUUAAAGGUACUAAUAACAAUGGAUGAUUCGGUGGGCUGUUUCGGGAUGAGAAAGGAAGUUGGAUUAGUGGAUAUUAUGGCAGAAUGA